CCAGUUCUGGUAACAUGUCUUCAUGAACGAAAAGCACUAUUUCAGAAAAGCAGAAGUACCUUUCUUAUUGAACAUGAUGAACUUAUCCAGGACUGUUUUGAUUAAAACCUCCCAGCUCUAUGUUCAGGGAGAGAAGGAAGGGAGGAAUGUAACAGGGCUAUUUAAGUAUCAAGAGAGGCAGCAAGGUUAGCUGAGGUAUGCAAGUAUACUUAAGAUUUUACCUUAGCAUGUGUGCACUGAGUUGCCACGUGGUGAGAAGACGCCCUUUGGCUGCCUAAACUGAAGUGGCUAAGAGGACGGCUGAUUCUCUGUAUCACUUUUUGUUGUCUGGCAUCCAGCAUAAUGUGCUUUAUGCUGUCACUGUUACCUGUAUUAAUCUGUAAGCUUCCCCUUUUAAAAACAAAAUGGAAAAAGAACAAAAAACAAACCAUGUUCAGUUGGUGGUGGUGCUCAAGAGAUUCAGCCAAGUCCUUUGUCAGAAGACUGCCUAGUCUUGUAAUGACAUACCAGAAUCAGUUGCUGGAAGCUGAAGAUGAACUAGUAAGUGGGAAUUGGUGCAAAUAAACAUAAUAAUUUCGACGUGCAAGUAAAGAAAAAGUUGAAUUCAUCAUCUCUAAGAUUGAAAGCCUUUCUGAAGGUGUAGUGUUAGACAUCACACAUCAUUGCAGAUAAGGGGUGACUGGAUGGAUAUAUGACUCAUAAUGUUCAGGUGCAAGGUAUCUAAUUAUUUCUUCUAGUUUUCAAAGAUUCGUGGGUUGAUGAAAUUGUUCCAUUUUUUUCAGUUUGGUCAGUAUAGUAGAAAAGGAGAAUGGGCUCAGUCUUUUUUCUGCACCAUUCUUCCUCAGUGUCAAGAGACUGAGAAGAGGAGACAGGACCAUCAUUCCUUAGGAUCCCACAGGUCCUCUAAGGAAUCUGGAGGCAGUGGAUCUGUGAAGGCUUGUCAGCAAGCUUCAACCAAGGAUGGUUGGUGCUGAAGAGAGAAAAAAAGAAAAUAAAAACAAAAAGCCCAACACCAAAACACCAAAAACUGUUCUGGUAUCAAACUACCUUACUGGCUUGAAUGCUAGUUCAGUGAUCAGCAAUGAAACUGCCCUAGUACUGAGACCAUGGCAUGGUCUUCGUCAGCUCUGGUGCAAAUUGGUUUGUUCCCCGACUGCUUCUCAUGGAACUUGAAGAAGAGGAAUCUGUAUCCUCAUCUCCAUCUCAGGAAGUCUUCAGUCGUUCCUUUUUCUGUGUUGGUACACAGCCUUCUUUUGGAACUGAAGAUUGGAUCCCAAGGAUUCUAGGAUUGUUCUCACUACUCUGCAGGUUAUCAGCAAGCAAGGAUUUGGCACAGACAUCCUAUUUCAUGGCUACCAACAGUCUUCACCUUACCACGUUCUGUCUUCAGUACAAGCCCACAGUGAUAGCAUGUGUGUGCAUUCACUUGGCCUGCAAGUGGUCCAACUGGGAGAUUCCGGUAUCAACUGAUGGAAAACACUGGUGGGAAUAUGUAGAUCCUUCAGUUACUCUAGAAUUACUAGAUGAGCUAACACAUGAGUUUCUGCAGAUACUGGAGAAAACGCCCAGCAGGCUCAAGAGAAUUAGAAAUUGGCGGGCUAAUCAGGCAGCUAAGAAACCUAAAGGUGAUGGGCAGGUAUCAGAGAACUCGCUUCUUGGUUCAUCUUUGGUCCAGAAUUCCAUUUUGGUGGAUACAGUUGCUGGUGUAGCUGCAAACACAAGUUUCCAAAAACCAUCUACAUCAUUUCCUGCACCGGUACCUCUCACCUCAGGAAGUAUUUCUGUUCCAGACAGUCAUGCACCUGAAAGUUUGGCAAUAUUAGCUACAGGAAUGCCAAGUACCUCAUACAGUUUGGCAUCACACCAGGAAUGGACUCAGCAUCAAGAACAAACAAGGACAGAACAAAUAUACUCUCAAAAGCAGGAGACGUUACCUGCCGGUCAGUACAAUAUGAACUUCCAGCCAGGGGCAUCCCUACAGUUGCACUCCGGAGUACAUCACAGACCUGACAAACUUGCUGAUCAUUCUACUGUCAAACAAGAAUAUUCUCAUAAGUCGGGAAACAAACACCAUGGACAAGUUGCAGCUCCUGUAAUAAUUCCUCAAAAAAUGUCUUUGGAUAAAUACAGAGAGAAGCGCAAACUAGAAACCCUCGAGCUGGAUGUGAGAGAACACUAUGUAGCAACUCCAAGUGAACAGCAGCAUAAAAAACACACGCAGCCACAGGCAGCCAGCAGUUCUUCUGUCACAUCUCCUAUUAAAAUGAAAAUUCCUCUUGCAAACGCCGAGAAGCCUGAAAAACAUUUGUCUGAUAAGAAGGAAAAGGGUGGCUCGCUCAAGCUCCGCAUACCAAUUCCACCCACAGAAAAGGGUGCCAGUAAGGAGGAGCUGAAAAUGAAAAUUAAAGUUUCUUCCUCUGAAAGGCAUAGCUCAUCGGAUGAGGGCAGUGGGAAAAGUAAACACUCAAGUCCCCAUGUUAGCAAAGAGCAUAAGGAAAAA